UUUGAUGUCAAUUUCUGGUGUGUUCUCGCCGUCACCCAGGCCUUUAUGCCCUUGCUGAAGGUUGCUGCGAAUGGCAGUGUCAUUGUGAACGUCUGUUCUAUUUCGGGCUUUUUGUAUGCCCCUUGGAUGAGUCUGUCUUCCCCAUACAAGGCGUCUGCUCUAAUGUCUUGGAGCGAGACUCUUUGAUUGGAGCUACAGCCCUUUAAAAUCCGAGUUAUCUCUCUUGUCACCGGCACCGUCGCCACAAAUAUUAUGUCACAUUCCAAUCUGACCCUGCCCCAAAGCUCCCUCUACCACAAAGCACUUCCAGAGAUUCAAACACGCGGUGCCGGGAAGGAUGUCUCAAACAAGAGCGCGCCGGAUGACUUUGCUCGCCAGGUUGUUCAGGAUAUUCUGGGAGGAGCCUCAGGUCCCGUAUGGCGUGGAGGAAUGGCUUCCAUGGUGAAGGCCAUGUCCAAGUACAUGCCGACGGGCAUUGUGGAUCGAACCAUCAAGCUAGGAACCGGCCUAAACAAGCUACCUUGAGAGAGCUUUGGAGGUGUUGGACAUAGG